AUGUUAACAAUUUAUCUCACAACACAAGCACGCCUGAAAGGUCUUGAAGCUACUGUUACCCAGUUACAGGCAUGGGCUGAUAGUUCUCAAGAGACAGGAAAUAACAUUCCUUUGGAAAACAUUUGCCAUUUACUGGCUGAAGAACAAGAGAUAGGACAAGUACCUAAUGAUCAGACUCUUCAAGACAUUGGACGUCCUGCCACAGCAAUCCAACGUGCAAUGGCCAUAUACCUGACUGAAUGCGACGAGGCAGCUGCCUGUGUCAUGUACAGAUCAGCCUCAGGAAUUAUUUGUAGUCUCCUCAGGGCUGAUUUUAAACUUUUCCAUGAUCGAGGAGAGAGUGUUCCAUUGUGGAGUGAUCUUACAAAGUUGCAAAAGAAGGAUUUGAUUAAAAACUUUGAGCUACAUGCUUCUUUUAGAAAUAUUUAUCCCAAUAGGUUUCUUAAACUGUUACUUAAUAACAUAUGA